AUGCUCGCAGCUCCACCUCGCACAUCCGCCCUGACUGCUCCUCCAGGCGUGGGUGGCGCAAGCGGUGCUAGAUUGGGCGGUGGCGGUGGCGGUGGCGCGGGCGCGGGCAACAGCUCGCUGGCAGUUGGAGGAGCAAGCAGCGGCAGCGGCAGCGGCAGCGAGACUGGGGGAGGCAUACGUCGCAAAGUCGCGCUGGCGCCGGGAUGCAGCGCGCUGGAUUGGGCUCGAGAGAAGAGCAGCGGCAAACCGGAGUUGAGGGCAGGUCUGACUUCUUACUUGCGCAUCACACCUUCGGAGUUGGCAAAGCACAAGAGCAGACAAGAUUGCUGGACAUGCUUCAACGGUAAAGUCUACAACCUCUCGCCUUAUCUCCGCUUUCAUCCCGGCGGCGAAAAGGAAUUGAUGCGCGUAGCUGGCAGGGAUGGCACGCGGCUAUUCAUGCUCACACACUCUUGGGUCAAUAUCGACGCCAUGAUCGAUGCGACCAUGAUCGGCAUGAUGGUCCCCGAGCAUUGA